UCGAACGAUGCGGUCGCGGACGACAGACGAACGGGCGCGUGGCCAACCGAACGACGUUACGUAAAUAGUUACUCCGCGCGGCGUUACUCGCGUAUGUCGUCGUCGUCGUCGUAACGAUACGCGAUAGUUGUAGCUAGUCGUAAUAAUAAUAUUAUAAGUCGCGAUAGUUUCGAGUCACACAUUCACCGCGGGCGCCGCCGCACAGAAAUGGCCGGCGGCUUGCAGCAGUGGCCGCGGUCGUUAUGGACCUCGGUGCUGUUCCUGUCGCUCCUGUCCACGGCGGCCGCUCGUUACCGGUUGCUCGUGUUGCAUACCAACGACAUGCACUCGCGGUUCGACCAGAUAGACGCGAUGGGCGCCGAGUGCAUCGCGCCCGGCCCGCAGUGUUACGGCGGUUUUCCGCGUCUCAAGACGGCCGUCGACCAGGAGCGCCGCCGCGCCGACACCGACACCGUCGACGGCACGCUGUUCCUCAACGCUGGUGACACGUUCCAGGGCACGGCGUACUACUCGUUCUUCAAGUGGCGGGCCGUCGAACGCAUGAUACGGACGCUCGGCAUCGAUGUCAUGUCUUUGGGAAAUCACGAAUUUGACGACGGUGUGAAAGACGUUGAAUCGUUUUUACGAAACAUAACCAUACCAGUAGUAGCUAGUAAUCUCGACUUAACUGACGAACCUGUAUUGGCCAAUGAGCCAAACUUGAUGAAAUCUAAAGUUCUGACGGUUAAUGGUCGCAGAAUUGGAAUUAUCGGAUACUUAACGCCGGAUACAGAACGUAUAGCACGAACGGGCAACGUAAAAAUAUUGCCAGAAAUCCCUUCGGUUGCGGCCGAGGCGAAACGUCUGAAAAACGAUGGGGUGGACAUUCUCAUAGCGUUGGGACAUUCUGGUUUCGAAAUGGAUAUACAGAUAGCCAGAGACGUCGAAGAUAUCGAUUUGGUAAUUGGCGGACAUUCAAAUACGUUUUUAUACACAGGAAAACCACCGGGUAUCGAUAAGCCUGUUGGCUCGUAUCCUUUUAUGGUGGAACAGCCAAACACCAAAAGAAAGGUGCCCGUUGUCCAGGCAGAUCACAUCACCAAAUAUUUGGGUGAAUUGUGGAUGGAGUUUGAUGAUGCCGGUGAAGUUGUAACAUGUUAUGGAAACCCAAUUUUAUUGGAUUACAGUAUCAAACAAGAUCCCAAAGUAUUGAACGAAGUAAGAAUGUUGAAAGAAAUGAUUGAGAACAAGACUAAAGAAGUGAUCGGUUCGUCCAGCGUAUUCUUGGAAGGCGAAAAUGAAUAUUGUAGGUUCAGAGAAUGUAACCUGGGAAAUUUCAUAACGGACUCAUUCGUAAAUUACAAUAUUCGAAAAAAUAUUAAAUCGUUUGACUUGUCCAAAUACUGGACCAAUGCGCCCAUAUCGUUGAUACAAGCUGGAGGGAUACGGACAAACAUCAAUAAUUUAAGUAGAAGAGGUAACAUCACUCUUGGAGAUUUAUUGUCGACGCUGCCGUUUAAAAAUGAUAUAGGUAAAAUCACGACUACGGGUUUAGACAUUUGGACAGCUUUUGAGUAUUCCGUUCGGCGGUACAGCACAACGGUGGCCAACGGUGAAUUCCUGCAAGUCUCAGGAUUAAAAGUCGUAAUAGACUUUGGUCGGCCCAGUGGCGAGCGCGUGCAAUCCAUUCACGUUAGGUGUGGAAAUUGUGCCGUUCCUGGGUACGAGAAAUUGGAUUUAAACGCCAAUUACACGAUAAUUAUGAGCAAAUAUCUGUCAGAUGGCGGGGACGGGUUUUCGUUCAAAAAAUUGAUAAAAUAUCAGAGUUUCGGAACAUCCGAUUUGAACAUCAUGGAGGAAGAGUUCCACGUAAGGUCACCGAUAUGGCCGGAAGUUGGUCAGCGGAUAGUGCUGCUCAACGUGGGAGAGUUGAACAAGGUGCAGACGACUAGCAGCGAUGGCCAACGCGUUUCGACACCUCUGUCCCACCUGACAUUAUUAUUGUUGACGAUCGCGGUCACGUUGUGUCUGACGGACCGACUUAUUGUAUUAUGAUACGGUUCUAUAUAGCGAUCACGCAAAAAUUUGCUCAUGAACAAUAUUAUAUUUUUUUUAAAUAUGUUUUUACAUUUUAAGUAUUAAUAAUUGAUAAAGAUGGCGACCACGUCUUUUCGUUUAACGGCCACAGCAGUAUUGUUUGAAUUAAUGCUUUCAGCCGCGAAAGCUCAGAAAUUAAAACGGACCAAGUGUCAAUAUUAUUACCUGACGAGUAUACAGGGCUUGUGUAAAUGAUAAUAUUAUAUAUUUUGUGAAGUUAUAGUCGUAUAGAUAUAAUAAUAUGUGCGUAUAGUGAUUUUUGGAAGAUAAAUCGAUAGAACGUGCAUGACGAGCGGAAAAAAAAUUACAUAUCACGUAUCACUGGACAGUACAAGAGUACGUGUACAUUAUAUCGAUACGUGAGACUCACGUGAAUUUACGUUACUUAAAAUGUACGAUAUUUUAUGAUAUUGAAUAACAUUGUAAUAAUGAUUUUUAACGGGUGGUUCUCACUUUUUAUUUUAUACACGUGUUUAUAUAUUAUUUAAUAAACGAUUUUUUACUCACAUGCCUGAA